UUUAUCAAUACCUCUGUGCCCAAGAAAGAAAAUUUGUCUUUACUCUUUAAAACGUAAUAAUAUAAUAUACUAGUAAUAUAUUAGAUUUCAUAUUUUAUAGAAAUAAAGAAGUAAUUACAGCAUUUCCUUGAUCUACACUAAUCAACAAGUCAACACUCCAAAGAAAAACUCAGAGCAAAAAAGAUGUGGAUUUUUGGAAGGAAAGGAGGAUCUGGAUUUUCAGCUUCUUCUACUGCUGAAGCAGUUACUCAAGGAAUUGAUGCUACUGGCCUCACUGCCAUUGUUACAGGAGCAUCAAGUGGUAUUGGUGCAGAAACGACGCGUGUCUUUGCAAUGCGUGGCGCACAUGUAGUAAUGGCAGUUCGCAAUGUAAAAACUGGCGCAGAAGUUAAAGAAAGUAUUCUUAAAGAGAUUCCUCAUGCCAAAAUUGAUGUAAUGGAGUUGGAUCUCAGUUCUAUGGCAUCCGUUAGGAAGUUUGCAUCAGAGUAUAACUCUUCUGGCCAUCCUCUGAACAUCCUAAUCAAUAAUGCAGGGGUUAUGGCUCCGCCAUUCAUGCUUUCUCAAGACAACAUUGAAUUGCAGUUUGCAACUAAUCAUCUAGGUCAUUUUCUUUUGACAAAUCUUUUGCUAGAGAACCUGAAAAAUACAGCUCAACAGAGCCACAAAGAAGGAAGGAUUGUUAAUGUUUCAUCAAUGGGACAUAAGUUUACAUACCGUGAAGGAAUUCGCUUUGACAAAAUCAAUGACAAAGAUAGUUACACUUCUUGGUAUGCUUAUGGACAAUCAAAGCUUGCUAAUAUCUUACAUGCUAAUGAACUUGCAAGGCGUUUCAAGGAAGAAGGACUGGAGAUAACUGCAAAUUCGCUUCACCCAGGGGCAAUUAAUACCAACCUCAUGCGUCACCAGAAUUUGAUUGAAGGCAUAGUUAACUGGAUUGGCAAAUAUUUUAUUAAAGAUAUUCCACAGGGAGCGGCAACUACGUGCUAUGUGGCUUUGCAUCCUCAGGUGAAGGGGAUAAGCGGUGAAUAUUUUUCGGACAGCAAUGUUGCUACACCAACUUCUCAUGCUACAGAUACAGAAUUGGCAAAGAAACUCUGGGAUUUCAGCUUGAAUUUGACAAACCCUCAGUAGAAACAACGACAACCUUGGUUUAUAGAUUCAUAAUUUCAGUAUGUGAUCAUAGUGUGAAUGUUCUUCACAAGUUCUCCUAUUUGUCCUUUUUGUCUUUUCAAAUACUUUUUGCUUCUUAUGGACUAUUGAAAGUAGAAUGAUGACUAUCUUUAUAUACUCGUUAAUUGACUAUUGAAAGUAGCUGCACAUACA